AUGAAAAAUAUUUUGUAUUUAGUAAUUUUGAUGAUCUCAUAAAUUGAAACGAGAUAAAUAAGUAAAUAUUGUGUUUGCAGACAUGCAGAGAGCAUGGAUAAUUGUUAAAAAUCAUAGAUUUGUAUUUGGAAGGAUGGAAGAUGUGAUUUGAGAUAAGGUGAAACCUACAUUAAAUAGGAUUUAUAGAAUUAAGAAAAUUAAUGUAAUAGAUAUGCAUAAGAAGACUGUAUAGAGAUGGAGAUGUGUGGUUUUUAUUUAGGUGAAUGUAUAAGGUUUACAGAGUGUAGUUUAUUUUAAAAAAAUUAAUGUUAAGAAUCUUCUUUGAAAUGUGUUUCAGAUGGUUAGAAAUGUAUUGAAAAGAAGGAAUGUACAGAUUAUGAAACAGAGAUAGGAUGUCAGAAUAGAAAUAAGAAUGGAAAUUAUUGUUUUUGGGACAUCAACCAACAGCCAAAAUGUUAGAAUGUGAGUAAAUGCAUUCAAUUACCUAAAUAUCUAAAAAGUGAUUUAGAUUGCAGAAAUGAAUAUCUUAAUUGUACUGUAAAUGAAGAAGGAUUUGGAUGUGAGGAGGAAAGGUAGAAAUGUGAAGAAUAUACUGUAGAAAAUUAAUGUUAUUUUACAUAAAAUAAAAACAUUGAAUGUUUUUGGGAUGUUGAGUUAUAGAAGUGUUUUGAAAAGAAUUGUGAAAAUAAGCGUUUAACAACAUAUGAUGAAUGUAAUUCUUAUAUGGAGAAAUGUAGUACAAAUGGUAUUCAUUGUAUUGAGAAAAAGGAAUGUAUAGAUAUAAAAAAUGGAAUAGGAUGUGUUUAGGAUAAGAAUAAUAAUAAGUGUGUUUAUUAAAAUGGAAAUUGUUAAAUAAAAAGUUGUAAGACAGCCCCAUUAUAAUAUAAUAAUUAUGAAUAAUGUUAAUAAUAUGAUUAGAAAUUAGAUUGUGUAAGUGCAUAGAAUGGUGGAUGUAAAAAUAGACCAACAUAAUGUAUAGAUUAUUAAUCAGAAAUAGAAUGUUAUUCAUGGAAAAUAUAGGAUUGUAUUUGGUAUGAAAAUAAAUGUGCUAAAAGAUAAUGUUUUCAUGCUCCAAAAAGUUAUAAUAAUUCUGAUUGUAGAUUACUUGGAAAAUGUAUGGGAACAAUUAAUGGUGGUUGUUAAUUAAGACCAGAAACUUGUUAAGAGAUAUUAACUUAAGAAUUCUGUGAAAUAACUUAUGAUGAAUCUCUCUGUAUUUGGGAAUAGAAUUAAUGUAAAUAAUUAAUUUGUUCAAAUUUAAAAUUGCCAAAAUAUGACAGUCAUUAAAAAUGUUAAGAAGCAAGUAAAUAUUGUACAUUUUCAAUUGAAACAGGUGGAUGCUUAGAUUACUUAUGUUCUAAAGUUGUUGAUAUAACAGCAUGCACUAUAGAUUCAUAAGGUUAACUAUGUUAAAUAAAUGAUGGUUGCAUUCUUAAGAUAUGUAAGAGAGCACCUAGUUAUUAUAAUACAAAUUAAUAAUGUGAAUCAUGGAUAUCAAAAUGUACUGUUAAAAUAUAUUAAUUUGAUGGAUUUAAUCUAUCAUUUGGAUGUAUUGAUAAACCUAAUGAAUGUUCUAUUGCAACCUAAGAAUAAUGUUAUUCCACUUUUUCAGGUAAUAAAUGCAAAUGGGAAUCAUAAUCAAAGAAAUGUGUAAGUUAAUAAUGUAUUGAUGCAGAUAAUUCACAUACAAUAAAUGAUAAAUGUAUAAAUUAUAAAGUAGAAAAUUAAUCAUGUUUUAUUAAUAAUACAAACAAUGGAUGUAUUGAUUGGCCUUCAUCAUGUUCAGAAAUGGUUACAUAAAUCUAAUGUUAAAUUGGUCUUAAAAAUAAUUAAGCUCAAUGUGUUUGGAGUAUUGAUAAAUGUCGUUCAAUUAAUUGUUCAGAUGCACAAAAUACUCUAUAUACAAACAAUAUUCAAUGUUCAAAAUAUCAAAAAGAUUGUAUCGUAAAUUCUACAUUAGAAGGAUGUAUUACUAGACCAACUAAUUUGAUAUGUUCAUCAUCACCUAAAAAUGAUAUGUAUGAUACUCAUUAAGAAUGUUAAGCAUGGAAUCCAAAUUGUACUAUUCCUGAUCCACUUGCUAAUCUUGGUUGUUAAUUGAAAUCAAAUUCAUGUUCCGAUUAUACUUCAGAAGCAUAAUGUAAAAUCAUCUAUGAUCCAUAAUAUCCCUAUGUAAAUUCUAAAUCAUAUUGUUUUUGGGAUUAUUUUACAUCUACAUGUUAAAGUGGAUUUUAGGAUCCUGAUUAUCAAUGUAAUCGUAGAAUCAUUGGAGAAUUAACUCAUACUGAUUGUGAGAAUUUCAUGAAAAUAUGUACUAUUAAUAAAAUUACCGCAACUUGUAUUCCACUCUAAAAUGAAUGUACUAAUUAUACAAUACAAUAAUCUUGUGUAAUCAAUCACUAUUAAUAACCUUGUUAUUGGGAUAGAUUCUAAAGUAAAUGUUUAAAUUUAUCUUGCUAUGAAAAUACUACCGCACUAACUGAAUUAACUUGCUCAUAAUAUAAAAGACAAAAUCUAUGUUAAUUAAUCCAUAAUGAAUAAGGCAUACCUCAAAUGGGAUGUGAAGAUCGACCUUCAAACUGUUCUUAAAUAUCACAUUAAUAAAUAUGUAAUAAGACCAUUACAACACUCAAUUAAAAAUGUUACUAUUAUAAUAAAAAAUGCAAUACUUUAACUAAUGAAGAUUAAUGUCAAUUUAUUAAUUUCGCUACCACUGAUUAAGAAUGUCAAUAUUAUCAUUAGUUUUGUUUACUACAAUAAAGUGGUGUGGGUUGUUAUAGUGCAAAUAAAUGCAGCAGUCUUGUUAGAACUAAUUGUCAAUCAAGCUAUUUAUAAUUUAACAAUAAGUGUCUUUAUUAUAAUAAUACUUGUAGAUCAAAUUUAUUUUGUGCAGAUCUCUUUACCACAUCAAGUAGUUGUGAUAAUGUGAAAACUAGUCUUAAUAUUUUGUGUAGUUUUGAAUAUAUUGAUAAUUCACUUAAAUGUGUACCCAAAUAAUGUGUUUUGAAUAAUUUAUCAGGCAGUCUCAUAGAAAAAUAAACACAAUGCUAAAAUUUUUCAUCUAUUUGCACAUAUGAUAUGAGUAGUGAUUCAACAUUAAGAUCAUGCAAAGAAAUCUUAAAUUGUAGUGAUUUAGAUGUAUAAGGAAGUAUUAAUUAUAAAUUGUGCAAUCAAUCUUUGACUGCGUCUUUCUAAAAAUGUGGAUUCAAUUUUGAUUCUAAUAUAUGUUAAGAUAGAUAAUGUGAACAUUUGAAAUUUACUAAUUAUGGACCUUUAAGUGAUGAGUAGUGUUAUAAUUGGAAUUACAAUUGUGUUUUUGAUGGAAUCAAUUGUAAAACAUUUGAUAAUAUUGAUUGCACUUAAAUAAAACUAAAAUACCAAUGUUUAUAGUAUUCACAAUGCAAACUACAAUAAAACGAUUGUGUUAAGAAUAUAAAUUGUGAAUUAAAUACUACUUCAACAAGUAUAUACGAAUGUUAAUUAAUACAUUCAAUAUGUUCAUUAAACUAUAUAGUUGGACAUGGUUGUAAACUCUCAAAGUGUGAAAAUAUAUCUAAUCCUACUUACUGUGAUUUUACUCGGACAGGUGAUGGAAUGGAAUGCUAUUGGAAUACUUCUUCUUGUAUUCCUAAAUCUUGUAAUUUAUUCUUAACUUCUUCAUCUUGUGAAUCUAGUUAUGGAGUCUUGAUUAUUGACACAUAAAUUACUACUGUAAAGUGUUAUUGGUGCAAUUCUUGUUCAUACAAUAAUAUUUGUAAUAAACCUAUUAAUUAAGUAACACAUGAAGAUUGUUAAAAAGAGAAUAUUUUCACUACUAUUUCAUUCACAGAUACAACAAAAUGUAUUCUAAAGAAAAACAACUGUGAAGAUUAUACUUUUAAAGAAUCUUGUGUCACAACAAUAAAUGAUGUUAAAUGUGCAUGGACAGGAAGUUGUAAAGAUUUCUGUUAGUCAAUAGCAACUGUGCCAACUAGUAAUUAGAAUUGUUAUACAUUUGAUAAACAUUGUAUGAUUGGAACUGGCACAUGUGUUCAACUUGAUUGCUCAAAACUUACUGCAGUAGAUUGUGUAAUUUAUGAAAAGAUAUGUACAAUUAAUUCUUUAAACGUUUGUAUAAAGAUAACAGACUGCAGUUCUUUUUCUACUACUUCCGCUUGUAAUUUAGGGUAAGAUUAAUAUGGCUAUAAUUGUAUAGAUAAUGGUGGAACUUGCUAAAGAGUGAGUGUUACAGAAGAUUGUUCUUCAUUAGGAAGUUUGGAUAAUCAUGAAUAAUGCGAGCAGUUUUUCAGAAGUGGAAAAUGCACAGUUAAAAGCAAGAAUUUGAAUUGCAUUGAUUUGCCAAAUCAAUGUGGUAAUAAUAUAAGUGAAUAGCUAUGUUUAAUAGACAAAGAUAGUAAAAGAUGCUAUUGGAAUAAUGUAAUGAAUAGUUGCAUACAAUUAGUAAAUUGUUCUGAUUUAGGAACAGAGAAUGAUUCACAUGAAAAAUGUAAUUCUUAUAUGUAAGAUUGUACAGUGAAUUAAUUAAAGAAUGGUUGUAUUGAGAUAGAUGAGUGUUUUAUGUAUAGCAUAAAGGAAUAAUGUAGGAUAGAAAAAGGAAAUAAGGAAUGUGAAUGGGUGUCAUAGUAGAAUUUAUGUAAAAAGAAAAGUUGUGAGACAGCUUAAUUAAAGAAGUAUACAGCUGGAGGAUGUUAAAUGUAUUAUGAUUAAAAAUGUACAGUUAAUAGUGAUUUUACAUAAUGUGAAUAAGCUUAGGGUUAAUGUUAAGGUUAUUAAGAAUAACAAUGUAAAAGUGAAGGACAAUUGAAUUUGGAAGGUACAGAAUGCUUUUGGAAUAAAGAAUAAAAUUAAUGUGUAGAAAAGACAUGUGAAAAUGGACCAAAAUUUGCAUUGUCAGAUUUGGAAUGUUAGGGGUAUAUGUAAAGUUGUUAAAAAGGAGGAUGUAGAUUAAGAAUAUGUAGUGAUUAUUUUUAUGCAGUUGAUUCUGCAUGCAGUGAAAUAUUUCCUAAUAAAAAAUGUGCAACAAAUGGGUAUUAAUGUGUUGAUAGAGGUACUUGCGAAGAUGCGUUGAUAAGAGAUGGUUGUACAUUUGAUAUUAAUUUGAAUGAUUGUGUUUGGAUAUAAAAAAAAUGUAUUUUGAAGACAUGCAAUACGGCAGAAAAGAGUUUGAGUACCCAUAAGGAAUGUUAGGAUUAUUUAUAAAAAUGUACAAGUAAGAAAGAUGGAGGAUGUAUUUAAAUAGAUGAAUGUUAUUUAAUGUAGAUAGAGGAAGGUUGUAAAAGUGAUAAAUAUAAUUAAGGGUGUGUUUGGGAUGAUUAUUUAGGAUUAUGUUUGACAGAUAUUUGUGAAGGAUAUUGUGGUGAUGGAAUAAUAACAAAUCAUUUAGAAAUAUGUGAUGAUGGUAAUUUCGUACCAUAUGAUGGUUGUUAUAAAUGUUAAAUACAAUGUUCUUUAGGUUGUUUAGAAUGUGAGGGGAAAAUAUGUAAGAUAUGUGAUUCUUAUGGAUGGAGGUUAUUAAAUACUUAAUGUUAAUCAAUUUGUGGAGAUGGAAUAAUUGUAGGAAAGGAAUAUUGUGAUGAUGGUAAUUAAGUAGAAUUUGAUGGUUGUUAUAAUUGUGAGUAUUCUUGUGACCCUUAUUGUUAGAAAUGUUUUUAAGGAACGUGUAUAGAGUGUCCUUAUGGAUUAUAUCAAAAUGAAUCCUACUGUAUAAAUAAAUGUGGAGAUGGUAUAUAUGCAUCAUAAUAUGAAUAAUGUGAGG